AAACAGUUCAGAUACGGAGGCAGUACGAUUUUGGUUGAUUUCUUUCGAAUUAAAUCUCUUAAAUCCCUCUGUCUGACAAUGGCGUCACUGGCAAAACCCAAGAGUGAGAUGACUCCAGAGGAGUUGGCAACUCGAGAACAAGAGGAGUUCAGCGCUGGCCCACUUUCCAUCCUGACCAUGUCGGUCAAGAACAACACCCAGGUUCUCAUCAACUGCAGAAAUAACAAGAAGUUACUCGGGAGAGUAAAGGCAUUUGACAGACAUUGCAACAUGGUUUUAGAAAAUGUGAAAGAGAUGUGGACGGAGUUCCCCCGAGCUGGCAAAGGCAAGAAGAAGGCUAAAGCAGUCAAUAAGGACAGAUAUAUCUCAAAGAUGUUCCUUCGGGGAGAUUCAGUAAUCCUUGUCCUCAAAAAUCCACUUGCUGUCAACAAGUAAAGGCACUUCAUAAAGACAAUUGACUUUGGUGAAUGUUGUUAAAGAUGUGGACAUUCCGAGGAUCAUGUUAUGCAAGGAUGAUGAUGGGCAACCUUUUAAAAUCUUGAUUUCAAAGGUUUUGUGGAUUUGUGCACAAAAAAAAAUAAGAAGGGAUGGAAAAGCUAGAACUAGAAUUAUGGAUGAUAUAUGAUGCCAAGAAUAGGCAAACAAUCAGCCCGAAUCGUUUGAAUACUGUGUUUACAUUCAUGUACAUGUGAAUGAGACACAUAAAGUUGUUGAAGAAACGGCACUGUUUCUCUUCAGUUGUGCUCACAAUCAUAAUCAUCUAUUUAGUUCUUUAAACUGUCAGUUUGUAAUGUUGUAUAAAUCUUGUCAUGAAUCUGACUGAUCAGGCCAUACUUGAAAAGCUUUUGAUUUGUUCCUGUACAACCGCUUCAAAGUUAUAGAGUUGAUCUUUGUUCAUCAAACAUGUCAACACUCAUGUAAUCUGGCCAAACCUGUUUCUGAAAUGAAAUUUCAUUUACAGACGAGACAGGUUCAGUUAAGUAUAUGAACUUAAUGUUAAAGAUGGGAUUGUCCCAUUGAUGGGAAUUUCAUGUCUGGUGUUUCUGGCAGGUUGCUGUCAAUAUAGAAAGAAGCAAUGGAAACCCAGAUUCACUGCCAUUUCAGGAGUAAUGUACAGUUUUUAGUGUACCAAAUACAUUUUAUACAGAAUUC